AUGGAUGCCCGCACACCGCUGCUGAGGCAGAGCGAGCGCCGGCGGCCGGCCGCGCCCCGUCCCGCCCACAGCCGGCGGCAGCUUCCGCUGGGCGGCGCCCUGAGCGCUGCGGCUGGGAGCUCCGGGCGGAAGAUGGUUGAAGAUCCGAAGAGAAAACUGCUCAUGGUUCUUGCUCUCCUCUUGCUGCCCAGCUCAGCACAAACAGGGAAUACAGACAGACUCUCAGAGCAUCACUGCACAGACUUCCAGAGAGCCAAUUUCCUACGGGGCAGGAAACUUAAGGUCCAGUUUAUUCUGUUCACUUCCUCAAGCCCCAGCUGCGGAGAGCUGAUUUCAGAUGAUGAUAGCAUCAAGAACUGCAGCUUCAACAGCAGUCUGGAAACCAAAAUCAUCAUCCAUGGCUUCAGGGCUUUGGGUACCAAACCUUCCUGGAUUGAAGGGCUUGUCCAAGCCAUACUGCACACCAGUCAGGUGAAUGUGAUUGCAGUAGACUGGGUUUAUGGGUCUACAGGAGCCUAUCCCUCUGCAGUGGAAAAUGUCACACAGCUGGCCCUCACCAUCUCACAGUUCAUCAGCAAGCUCCUGGCCCUGGGAGUCUCAGGGACAUCUAUCCACAUCAUUGGGGUAAGCCUCGGAGCACAUGUCGGGGGCCUGGUGGGGCACUUCCAUGGCGGUCACCUGGGACGGAUAACAGCCCUGGAUCCUGCAGGCCCUAAGUACACCAGAGCCAGCCCCGAGGAACGCCUGGAUCCUGGGGAUGCCCUCUUCGUGGAAGCCAUUCAUACUGAUGCUGACAAUUUCGGGAUCCGGAUUCCUGUAGGCCAUAUCGAUUAUUUUGUCAAUGGAGGCAAAGAUCAGCCAGGGUGCCCCCGAUUCAUCUCUGCAGGCUAUAACUUUCUAAUCUGUGAUCACAUGAGGGCUGUACAUCUCUACAUCAGUGCCUUGAGCCAUCCCUGUCCCAUCGUGGGGUUCCCCUGUGCAAGUCAUCAAGAUUUUCUAAAUGGUCAUUGCCUGGACUGUGCAAAACCCUUCCUGUCCUCCUGUCCCAGAAUAGGCCUGCUGGAGCAGGCAGGUGUCAACAUGAGCAGGUUGCCCCAGGAAGUGAAAGUUUUUUUAAUGACCAGUCCUUCAGCCCCAUUCUGUGUAUACCACAGCCUGGUUGAGUUCCAGUUGCAGAAGAAAAGAAACAGAGUCACCAGCAUUGAGAUCAGUUUCAUCAGCAACAGCACCAAGGACACAGCAAAAAUCACCAUACCUAAGGACCAGGAGACAGGCAAACGGCUGCUGGUCCACCGAGUUCCCCUCUGCCAGAUAAACAGUGUGACCCUGAAGUAUAUCCCCAAGAAUCUUUUUUGGAGCAAGGAUGAGCCAUCCAUUGUUGGCAAGUUCUGUGUAGCACCACUGCCUCUCAAUAGCAGCAGGACAAUGUCGUGUCUGCCCUGGAGCCUCACCCUCCCCAGCAAAACAGACAUCUCCUAUGAACUGCCUGCUGCUUGUGCCUAG